AUGAAAUUUAUUUUGAUGAAUCAGGCUGCAGAGCUUCCCAUCGAGUUUUUGCCGAAGAAUGGUACUUACAGGAAAGGAAAGCUGUUUGAUCCAAAGAAUACCGAAAUAGAAAAUGCCACUGAGUCUGAUGUCUUGCAAGAUGCCCGCAGGGCUGCUGAGGCACAUAGAAGGGCACGAUACAAGGUGCAAAGCAUCAUAAGGCCAGGGAUAACUCUCCUAGAGAUUGUGAAGUCUAUAGAGGAUUCCACGAGAGUACUUCUGUCGGGAGAAAGAAACAACGGAAUAGGGUUUCCUGCAGGGAUGUCGAUGAACUCUUGUGCUGCACACUACUCAGUCAAUCCAGAAGACCAGGAUAUUAUUUUAACCGAAGAUGAUGUCUUGAAAGUCGACUUUGGAACACAUUCCAACGGGAGGAUAAUGGAUUCUGCAUUUACAAUUGCAUUUAAACAAGAGUUUGAGCCUCUGUUGAUGGCUGCCAAGGAGGGCACUGAGACUGGAAUUAAGUCACUGGGGAUAGAUGUAAGAGUCUGUGACAUAGGUAGGGACAUCAAUGAAGUUAUCUCGAGUUAUGAAAUGGUGGUAGAUGGUAAUACAUGGGCGAUUAGGCCAGUGUCAGAUCUUCACGGGCAUUCCAUAUCUCAGUUCAAGAUCCAUGGAGGUAUUUCUAUACCACCGGUGAACAACAAAGAUAUAACAAGGAUCACGGGAGAUACAUUUUAUGCAGUGGAAACAUUUGCAACAACCGGAAAGGGCUUUAUAAACGAUAGGCCUCCAUGUUCGCAUUUCAUGCUAAACACAUAUAAAAGUAGGAAGCUUUACAACAAGGAUUUGAUGAAGGUUUACGAGUUUGUGAGGGAUUCGUUUGGAACUCUCCCCUUCAGUCCAAGGCAUUUGGACUAUUACAAUCUGGUGGAGGGGAGUUCCUUGAAGAGUGUGAAUCUGCUCACAAUGAUGGGGCUUUUCAUCCCGUACCCUCCUCUCAAUGACAUCGACGGCUGUAGGAUUGCGCAGUUCGAGCAUACAAUAUAUUUGAGUGAGAACGGAAAAGAGGUUCUUACAAGAGGUGAUGACUAUUAA